AUGAAGGCCAAAUAUGAACCCGUCGAAACUGCCCAGGCCAAGUUUAGGCGCCUUACGGAGAUUUCAGGAGCUCAAGACUUCGGGAGCGCUGUUGAAGGUAUCCAAGGAAUCGAACAGCACCUUAAAGAUAAGGAUGAACGGGAUCAGAUGGAAAUGCAGUCCCUUAGAAAUGCCAUGAAGGAUUUGCACCAACCCAUCGAUCGCGUUGACAGCUGUCUUGGGCAGAUUCAAGAUGGCAUUGAGCAGCAGAUGCGGACGCAAAUCCUCAAGGCCAUUUCCACCAUACUAUACGGUGUUCACCACAAAACUGCUAGCAAAGUUCUCUUGGAGGGCUCUGGCAGAUGGCUUUUAAGAAAUCGACUUCAAUUCUUGCGAGCUUUGUUCGCCAAUUGGCAAGCCUCACACCAAGCGAUCCGAUAUUGCCGCCUGGUGAAAGAGCAUUACGAAGAGGCUAUCGAAGGCUUUGUGGGAUUCGAGGGCCAGGUUUGGACAUCAGACGAGUGUGUCGAAGUUUUGGUCCAGCUUGUCGACGAGUAUCCUGCUGUGACAUUUAUUCUAGAUGCCAUGGACGAAGUGGAUCAAGAGGACAGACAGGAACUCUUAGAUGCGCUCAAUCGUAUUCUACAGGAGUCAAACUCUCUUGUCAGAGUAUUCAUCUCAAGCAGAAGCAAUUACGACAUUGCUCUAUAUCUUAACGGGACGCCGAAUAUUUAUAUCGAAGCCGAUGACAAUGCUGAAGAUAUCUCAACAUUCAUUUACGAGACUUGCAUGUACCAUUUGAAGACCAAGCUAAACAUGACUCUUAGUGACACACGACUUACGUCUGCAAAACUACUGCAUGGAAAACUCACACCAAGUCUACGAGAGGAAAUUACUAAUACGCUUGAGGAGGGAGCCAAGGGAAUGUUUCAAUUGGUCGGCCUUCAGAUCCAGUCGCUAAAAAGGGUCAAGGUGGCUGCUGAUCUGAAGGCGCGUCUCGGUGCUUUACCAGAUACACUUGAGGGAUCGUACUGGGAAAUUUAUCAAGAAAUCCAAGAGUCAGGAGAACAUGCUUUUGGACUCGCCAACUUCACUUUCCAAUGGCUACUGUAUGCGCAAGAAUCCAUCUCCCUUGAAGCGCUCGCUGUGCUCGCGUGCACAAAGUCGAAAUCCGAAUCUGAAACUGCCUUUUCCAGCGAUGAGGUCCUGGACGUCUGCUCAAAUCUGAUUGUCACUCGCCAGAACUCAUUUGACUUUGCUCACUUGUCUGUUCGAGAGUUUUUCGAGCGACUACACAACUGA